CGGACCAUUUAAGAAAAAUGGACGUCUAAUGAAUUAUUGGGGAAUGCCAUCAAUUUUUGUACUGUCAUGGUUGCAGAAUGCGAUUCACUCGAACAACUCUUCGCUUUUCAAGUAAGAGUAAAUGUUUGGCCAAAAAAAGCGAUGAAGCCACGGCUGUACAUGGCGGCAGCAACUGCCGUUGUUGUUGUGGCCUCUGUUUGGUAUGCUCACAACCACGCCGGGCCAUUCCACGUUGGAGAGGCUUGGCCACACGACGUUGUUCCGGUGAUGGAGGAUAUUGGUGCGGCGGGGCCGGAGAGCUUGGCCUUCAGCCCCGACGGUCAAGGCCCUUACGCCGGCGUCUCGGACUGCCUUAUCAUCAAAUGGGAUCAGAAUGAAAAGCGAUGGGUGAAUUUUACAGUCACUUCUCCACACAGAGAAGGGUGUGGUGGAAUAUCGCACGAGGAACAUCGCAACACAGAGCACAGGUGUGGUCGACCACUAGGGCUGUGCUUCAGCCCAACCGGUGAUCUCUACAUCGCCGAUGCUUACUUUGGCCUUCUUGUUGUCCCCUCCAGUGGAGGCAUUCCCACUUGUAUCACGUCUCAAGUGGAAGGCACUCCCUUGGCCUUCACCAACAAUUUGGAUGUCGAUCAAACCACCGGAGUCGUCUACUUCACCUCCAGCAGCUCCACAUUCCCCAGAAGGGAUUACGUUUCUCUGAUACUUAGCAGAGACAAAUCGGGGAGGGUGAUGAAAUAUGACCCAGCAACCAGGCAUGUCAGCAUUGUUCUGAGGAAUGUGUCAUUUGCAAAUGGGGUAGCUUUGAGCGAAAACGGUGAGUAUAUUCUAGUGGUAGAGACGACCAAGUGCAGAGUACUGAGGUAUUGGCUGGCCACGUCAAAAGCUGGAACCUCCGAAGUGUUUGCUGAGCUCCCAGGUUUCCCGGACAACAUUAAACGCAGUCCGAGAGGGGGAUUCUGGGUGGGAAUCUUCUCGAGACAGGAGAAUCUUGUUCGGUGGAUUCUAUCCUAUCCCUGGAUUGGAAAAGCCCUACUCAAGCUUCCUCUGGAUGUCACGAAAGCGUAUUCGUAUUUGGCUAAGGUGAAAAGCAAAAGUGGAUUCGCUCUUAGGUUGAGUGAAGAAGGUGAAGUGUUGGAAAUGGUUCAAGGGAGGGGAAGAGGGAGAUCAGUGAGUGAAGUGGAAGAGAGAGAUGGGACAUUGUGGGUGGGAUCCGUGGAUGCUCCUUUUGCUAUCAAGUAUCAGAUUCCUGCUGCACGAGGACUGUAUUAGAGACAAGACUUGAUUAAAAAUGAUACCUUACAGUGAACAAUUCUAGUGUUACGAGGUAACGAUAACAAAGUUUAUCUUUUGGGAAA